AUGAACUGGCUGAAGUCGACUCUCUCCGCCGUGGUGGGCACCGAGGAGCCCAUCUAUGGCCCAGAGGCUAUCCAAUCUGUUGCGAAGCAAGCCGAGACAACUCCCUUCUCUGAUGUGAACAAGGAGAUUUUGCGCUGGCGCGCAUACUCUUACACCAAUGUCGAAACCCAGACCUUCUACAUCAUGGCCGACAACGGGACCCUGGUCUUCGUUCAGGUGAUUUACAGCAACAUUGUCGGAAUCCACACCACUGCCCAGUUCAACGUGAAGGUUUUCGACGUCAGCGGAAAGGGCGACAACAAGUGGUACUCGGACCCGCUCUCCAACUUCAUGUUCGACGAGAACAUGCUCUCCUUCGGCGCCGACAAUCUGUCGCUGACCCUCAACGAGGAGGCUAACUCUUACACCAUCAAGUCCACCGUCAACAGCGGCGCCCUGGUGGAUAUCAAGUUCUCCCAGACCGCACCCGGUUUCGUUGUCGGCAAGGACGGAACCUCAUACUUCGGAACCGACCCCAAGAACCCAUGGGGUUCCAUGCGCCACGCUUUCUGGCCCCGCUGUGCUGUUGAGGGUAGCAUCACCACCAAGGACAAGACCUACGAUCUCGCAGGUCGUGGUCUCUUCAUCAUGGCCCUACAGGGCAUGAAGCCUCACCACGCUGCCGCCCGCUGGAACUUCAUUAACUUCCAGACCCCCACCUACUCCGCUGUCAUGAUGGAGUACACCACUCCCCCCUCCUACGGCUCCACCAAGGUCAACGUCGGUGGUAUCGUCAAGGAUGGCAAGGUCAUCUACGCCGGCACAACCAACACAGCGGCCCACACAGAAACCAGCCAGGACGAGGGCAGUGACUGGCCCGCUCCCAAGUCCAUCAAGUGGGAGUGGACCGGCAAGACAACCGACGGCAAGGAACUCACAGCCGAGGUGAACGGUGCCCUCGGCUCGCGACUGGAUCGCAUCGACGUCAUGGCCGAGGUGCCAGGCUUCAUUAAGAGCAUUGCUGGCAGUGUUGCCGGUACUCGGCCGUACAUCUUCCAGUACUCGCCCCAGGAGAAGCUCUCAUUGAAGCUCAAGCUCGGCGACGAGGAAAUCACCGAGGAGGGAACUAUGUUCUCUGAGUCGACCUUCAUCUCGUAA